AUGCCGGGCGUUGUCGAGACGCCUUCCGCGGCCGCGGCACUCCCGGACUACAGACAUAUUGGCCCUCGACAGUUUGCUGUAGCGAACCAAAAAGUUGAGCUGGAAAUCGAUUUGUUAAGCAAAAGCAUCAAGGGGAAAACAGAGAUCACGAUUCUCCCAAGCAGGAAGGAUUUGACGUCGCUGCGAUUCAACUUCCGACAAGGCGAGAUCAAACGUACCGCUGUCAACAACGUCACCACGACAGCCACAUACACCGAUCCCUACGAACACCUCAGCCUGUAUGGACAUCGUUAUCAUGAAAAACUUGCAUCGAAACUCGACACGCUGCUGAAGACGCCCACCGUUCCGGAGCUAGAAAUCGCGAUACCGAAAGGUGUGCGCAUCAGGGAGCUGAACAAAGUCGAAGCACAAGAGCAAGUCGCGCUUCAAGGACUCGAUGCCAAUAUAGAUGGGACGGGGGGUACCAGGGCACCGGAGGCGAGCCGCACGCAAUUCAAGGAGUUGACUGUGAGCAUCGAGUUCACGAUUGACCGGCCUCGGGAUGGAAUACAGUUUGUCGGCGUCGAGACCGGAGAUAAUCGUUAUCCGCAUGCCUACACGACAAAUUCCCUGGAAACUGGCGUCGGUUGUCCACUAUUCCCAUGUAUCGACGAUCCACUGUCCCGCUGUACGUGGGAGCUCACGGUUUCAUGCCCUGCUACACUCGGCGGCGUCUUCAAAACUAGCAAAGCAACUUCCGGUCCCUCGCGCGCGCGUACGCAAACUUGGACCAUCACCCGUGAAGAAGAGGGAUUGGACAUGACUGUUGUAGGCUCCGGUGACCUGACUGACAAUAUUACGGACAACAAAAAGGAUCCGGCCAUGAAAAUCGCCUCGUUCUCGUGCAUUGAACCCUUGUCACCCCAGCAAAUUGGGUUCGCCGUGGGCCCCUUUGAGCAUGUGAACCUGGCGGAUUUCCGUGAGAGUGACCAAGACGAACAACUCGGCCAAAAUGCCAUCCCCAUCCAUGCUUUCUGCCUACCCGGUCGCGGCGCAGAAGUUGAGAAUACCAGCUUUCCCAUGGCACAAGCGAUUGACUUCUUCUCAUUGUCAUAUGGGUCGUAUCCCUUCCCAUGCUACAAAAUCUGCUUCGUGGACGAUCUCCUGACGGAUACCGUACCUACGGCGUGUCUGGCAGUCUGCAGCAACCACCUUCUUUUCCCGGAAACGAUCAUUGACCCUAUGUACGACUCAACACGCGCUCUCGUUCACGCUCUAGCAUGCCAAUGGACCGGGAUCCACAUCGUUCCGGAUGAACCUGCCGAUACCUGGGUGACCGUUGGCAUAGCUUGGUACAUCACGGAUACCUUUAUGAAGAAGUUGUGCGGCACCAACGAGUACCGGUUCCGACUCAAGCAAAUGUCUGACAGGAUCUGCGAGCUGGACUACGAACGUCCUGGCAUUUAUGAUUUGGGUAAUUUCCUGAGACUCGAUCCAUCCGAGUAUCGAUUCAUUGCUCUUAAGGCGCCGUUGGUUCUUUUCAUCCUUGAUCGCCGUUUGACGAAGGCUAGUGGCAAAGCAACCAUGCCUCGAAUCAUCUCCCGACUUUUCCUCAACUCGCGAAUGGGUGACAUCCCGAAUGGCGCCAUUACUACAUCACAAUUCCAAAAGCUUUGCGAACGACUAGGCCACGCUAGGUUGGAAGUCUUCUUCCAACAAUGGGUCUAUGGCGCGGGAUGCCCGCGCUUCCAAGCCACCCAGAGAUUCAACAAGAAAAAGCUUGUGGUUGAAAUGAUGAUCCGACAGGUGCAAGUGCAACCUGAACAACCGGCCGCUCGUGACCUCGAUAAGAAUGCCUUCCUCCGAGAUCUCAAGGAAGAGGUCCGGAACGUCUACGCAGGCCAGCCCCAGCCUGUGUUCACAGGGUCCAUGACCCUCCGUAUUCACGAAGCUGAUGGUACACCAUACGAACAUAUCGUCGAAAUCAAAGAGGGAGUCACAAAGUUUGACAUCCCUUACAACACAAAAUACAAGCGUCUCAAGCGAAACAAGAAGCAAAGAGAACGUGCAGUUGCAUCGGGCGAUGCGGAGGCCCAAGAGGAAGUCCUUCUUUAUUGUCUGGGCGACGUCCUUCAGACCGAGGAGGAAACCCAGGCCUGGCGCCUGGCUGAUUGGACCAAGGAAGACGAAGAAAGAAUGGGCCAAGAGUCAUAUGAGUGGAUUCGAAUGGAUGCAGAUUUCGAGUGGAUCUGUCGGCUGUCUCUGGGUAUGCCUGGAUACAUGUAUCUGUCGCAACUCCAGCAGGACCGAGACGUUGUGGCGCAGUUGGAGUCUCUCCAAUACAUGGCGGCCCAGCGAGAACACGCAUUGAUUUCUACAAUCUUUGUCAGGACUCUCAUGGAUAAUCGCUACUUCCAUGGAAUACGAACGAUGGCCGCAAGGUCGUUAGUCAAACAUGCCAAGGAUGAGGUGGAUUGGAUUGGACUGUUCCAUUUGGAAAAAGCAUUUCAAGACCUCUUUUGCUUGCCUAACUCCCCCAUGACCCGUUCGAACAACUUCGAGGAUCGAGCCGCCUACAUUCUCCAGCAAGAGAUUCCCGCGGCCAUCUCAAAAGUGCGCGAUAAUAGCGGGAAGACCCCCCUUCGGGUGAAGCGAUUUUUGUUCGACAAGUUGAAAUUCAACGACAACUCGAACAACGCUUACUCGGACAACUUCUACGUCGCCUCGUUGAUGCGUUCACUAUGCCAUGCCAUGCUGGGAAGAAACGAGUCACGCCCGGACGAUGAACUGACCAAUUUCGACAUGGAGCGUGUGCUGGAUGCUCAGGCUGAAGAGCAGCUGGAAAAGGACACAAUCGCGGAAUUCGACCGCUACAGACGUAUGGAUGAAUGGUCCAGCUCGUUCCAGAACUUGUACUCUCGGGCCGCUUUGCAAUGCCAGAUGCAACUGAUGCAGGCCAAGAUCGAGGAUAUGGAUAUCAUGCGCUUCCUUCCCUAUACUCGGGUUGGCACAUACGACCUGCUUCGUUUGCAGGCAUUCGAUUGUCUCGUCGAGCUCGAUAUCACACAAAACAUCGAGCUUGUCCGAUGGCUCAUGUAUACUAUGAGCAGUGACUCCUCAGCUCACGUCCGGCACCACUGCCAGCGCAUCUUCGGUCGUGCCUUGGCGCAAAUCGCAUUUGGUCGACAUCAAGAAGCAGCUCCUAACCAGUCAGAUGGCGUAAUCAUUGAGCAGGAAUCGACAACCGAAGUUCGUCAAGCCGAUCUCUUGCGUCGACAAACUGUAUCCGGUGCCCUGGAUGCCCUGAAGAAAGAAAUCGGCAGUGAUCCCUCCAUCCAAGACUUCAUGUGGGCGGCAUGCAACUCCCCCGAACUCAGUAUCCUCGAACUCGCCGAACUAGUCGACAUCUGCCGAGUCUUGUUUGACCCUCUCACAUCCAAGAUCCUGAAACUCCGAUAUCCAAAAUACUGGAAGGUCAAGCAUCAAGGUGGCGGAAAACUCCACUUCCUCCGCUCGAACAGAUUUCGCACCAGCCUCACCCCGUCCAAGGACUCCUCCAAACGGAAGCGCGAAGACAGCGGUAUGCCACCUCCGCCUAGGAUCAAAUUUAAGGAUCCCAAAGCGGCUUCGCGCACAAGCACUCCGUCUUCUAGCGGCCUUUCAAAACUUCAUAUUCCUGCCUCGGGGACCCCGUCCACUCCGACGCCCUCGUCGAUGACGCCCUCAACCCCGGCGAGCGGAGGAGGGCUGAAAAUCAAGCUUAAGUUGCCCGGCAGUGGCAUCAAGAAGCAAUAG